CUACCCAAUAAAAAUGGACCGCGGCUGACACCUGGUUAUAAACACAGGAAGGAUUCCAAAGUCCUAAUCAGAAAUCAGUAGAAAAAACGAAGACGCAUCUGCAACAGACACACCGAGGCAGGCGCGAUGACUUCCAGUAAAAUCGAACUCCCUGGUGAAGUGAAGACCGACGCUGAUGCCGCUGCGCUCAUGGCAUCUCUCCAGAUGAUGCCCUCGCCGGUGCCCAACGCGGAGAUCAAGUACACCAAGGUCUGUGAAACAACAUAACAUUUUACUCCGAGUCACAUUUAUGUUCAAUGUAUCAUAUCUCUUCUCUUAUGCAGAAUAUAUUUUUUCCCCCGAAUGGUAUUUGUCUGUAGAUGAUAGAUAGCGCACACUUUUAAAUGUGUGGAACUGUCCAAUUUAGCCAAUGUCUUUGCGCACAGUACAGGUGAUUGAGUCAGGUUUAAAAUGUUCAUUCAAGUUCUGGAUUUGCCGUCGUAAAAUUGGUUUAAGAUCUUUGCUCACAUUCAUUGCUCAACUCAUAGAAUACAACUCAUCAACAUGUGGCAUACAGUCUGUGUGAAACCUUUCUAAAAGUUAUCACAUACGGCCACAUCGAGUGUCAUUUCCAAGAUAUGUUUGAAUGAUUAACAGUGUUGCCAACAUAAUUAUAUUGCACAGGUGGUUUUUAUUUCACUUUUAUAUUCACCGUGACUCAAAUAGUCUGUAUGUCAUCUGCAGUGGGUACAAUGAAUAGUAUUUAUCACUGGUGACAGCAGUCAUUUAGUGAAGGUCAGCAUUCUUUCAGAUAGAAUGUUGUCGUUACGCAAUUCCGUCCAGAUAGAAUAAACGUCCCUUAACCUGCCGUUAUGUGAUUGAUAAUAAUCGCAUGUUAUUAACCAGUUAUUGAUUAGAAACAUGAUUCCUAGGUAUCUUAUAUCACUUGCAUAAAAUUAGAAAAAAUACGUUGUUGCUGUGAUUUCAAAAGACGAUUACAUUGAAAAUGUUCACUUUGGAAGAUAAUUUUGUUGUUGUAAAAAUCCAUGGUUUGGUCUGAUAUACAUUUGAUAGCCAUAUUAUCAUAUUUGAUCUUAAGUGUGUUUUUUUCGUUUCAAAAUAUGUAUUUAAACUAAUUGUAUUCAACCAUAUCAAAGCUUGAGCGUAAAAUGAGGAGGGUCUUGGUUUCUUUGCGGCAUAAGAAGCAAUUUAACUGGUUUCAGAACCCCUUAAGCAUGCUGUAAAUUCUAUUAAUUUCACUGUGAUUCAGAAUAAAUUAUUAGAUUCACAGAAUUAAUUGCAAAGUGUUUGUGCUCUAGUCCAUUAUUGUCCUUAGAAGACUGCGUGACCCUUCUGACCUCAUGCAAAAUUACGCAAGAACACUCUAUGAAAUGUGAAGAGUCUAAUAUUUCCUACAUAUUUUAUUUUUAUGUGUAGGCUAUAGCCUAGCAACUGUCUUUGAAGGGUAUUUUAAUAGAUUUUUGUGCAUUACACUUGUGGUUGGUUAUUAUGGGUGCUAUGGGCGUUUAAUUAGGCCUACACAGCAAUAGACUGAUUAUAUCAGGAAUCAGACUCCAAGGGCUUCCUCUGAAAGUGUCAUGUUUUUGGUCAUUUUGGUUUACACAUUUUAAUUUGGACAAUUACAUUAAUGAGAAUAAUAUAGGCCCAGUGAUGUCAGUAUAGGCCCAGUGAUGUCAGUUUAGGCCCAGUGAUGUCAGUUUAGGCCCAGUGAUGUCAGUAUAGGCCCAGUGAUGUCAGUAUAGGCCCAGUGAUGUCAGUAUAGGCCCAGUGAUGUCAGUUUAGGCCCAGUGAUGUCAGUUUAGGCCCAGUGAUGUCAGUAUAGGCCCAGUGAUGUCAGUAUAGGCCCAGUGAUGUCAGUUUAGGCCCAGUGAUGUCAGUAUAGGCCCAGUGAUGUCAGUAUAGGCCCAGUGAUGUCAGUAUAGGCCCAGUAUAGGAUAUUUCUCAACUCCCCUUUACUCAAUGCUGAUAUACGUUUAAUCAAAUCAGUAGGACCUGACUACUAGUCACCAUCCAAACAUGUAUAAUAUGUGGCUGUUUGUCUGUUUGCUGUAGCAUGGUUCCUUCUGCAGUUUGACAUCCAAUGCUUUUAUUGCCAUGAGUGAGAGUAAAGGGCACGUCUUAUUGAGGAGAGCUCCAUAACAGCACAAUAUGUAAGUACAGUGUUGUAAUCAGUGUUAGCCGCACACCUCGUUGUUGUAAGUGCAAAGGGCACUUCACUGAGGCAACAAGCAACUUACAGUGGUCUACUCGCCAUAAGAGGAGAGCUGGUUUUGCAUGCCUGCCUUAUGUGCACAGUCAUGCUAUCAGCUCUCCUUCCCUCUCUCCCGCUCACUCUACCUCCCUCAUGCUUAGUAUUAUUUAAAAGAAUGCACGCAAAGGGUUGAGUGUAUAGGACAAACUUUAGGGAGCACAGGCCUUGGUGAAUUAACCCCCAGGAAUUUGAAUCAUCCAGUCCCUGUUGGUUUGGUGGACAUGGGGGGCAGGAGAACUCUGAUUUAUGGGCACCCCUGACGCAGGCUCUCCUCUCCUCACACCCUGUUCAUGUUCUAUCCACCCCACCACCUGCCUGCCAGGGGGAGAAUGAACACUGUGAGCAGAGUCUAUAGCUAGGAGAGAGCUGGCCUUCAGGACUGUGGACACAUGCUCUCUGUGUAGCCCUACACACUCUUCCACUCCUUGUAGGCUAGUUGUGUGAUGUGCCUCUGCCUUUUACAGCCAGACGUCCAGUAGAGAGUUGAGAAUGAACAUGCUUGUAACGCUGGUCCUUACACUCCGGUUUAGAAUAGUUUCCUUGGUCUCACAUGAGUUUGAGCCUGUUGAUGUUUUUUCUACUUACUGUAAAACAUGAUAAUUGAUAAGUGAAUAUGAAUACAGUUUGAGAUAGUCACCAUGUACAUGCAUUUUUUUCAGUCAACAGUAUGUUUUGCACAUGAAGGUUACCAAUAGUGUGUCCCUGAAGAUAUGCCCAUAGUAUGUUUAGUACCAACAGUGACUGUAGAGAGGUGUGAGCUAGAGAGGUGUUAUCGCCAUAGACGCUUUGCCCCAUGUCCCUUUCACUGAGCCAUGAACUGUUUGCCCUCAAAGAGACAUUUGUGUGAAUGUGUCAGUUAAGCUAUCUCCCUCCCUGCGUGGGAUUGUGCAGAUCAGUGAGACUUUGGAAGGUCUGCUCAGGUCUCCCUUAGCUUUGUUAUAAAAAAAUCUCACUUUUUCACACCCCCGUUCUCCUGUAGCUACAGCCGUAAAAAGAGGGUGCUUGGGUCUCGGUUCCUCCAUCCACCCUACCCCCACUUCACCAUAGCUUGUGGCCUGAAACCAGCUGGGUAGUAAGCUAGUGUAAAAACAUAGCUUUUGAAUGGUCACAGGAGAGUCGGCUUGAGAGCUCUCCGUCUGUGAGGUAGUCCGCAGGGCUGAUAGCACCACGAAGGAAGCCAUAAAUUAGCCUACCCUGAUGGGCAUUUAUUGAUGAUUUUAGCUUUUUGCAGAGCGGGGAGAGAGAGGAGAAGGAGAAACUGUGUGGUGUAUAGCUAAUGAAUGGAGACAGAGCCAGCGUUCUCAGGGUUUUAGUGGGUGAUUUCUCUGGCCAGGGUGGCUUCUCACACCGCUCAAUGAUUAGGAGUCGUUAAACCAGACACCUAGAAGAAUAAAUCUUUAGAGAUGGAGGGAAGGAGCAUUUCUGGCACAUUCUCCUUCAAGUUGUUGAGAGAGACACCUGGAAAUGCAAAGUUGAGUUCACAAAAUGUGUUUGAAUUGAUACUUAGUGUGUAUGACACUGAAUAAUGUUUGAGCGGCCAAGGUAUAUAAUUUUUUUAUCUAAUUGUUUACCAGGGAUUCCUCAUUGUCAGUAGGACAGAAGUAACUGAAGUUAAUGGUAAACUGGAGUCACUGUAGCACGGUUGUAGUUUAGUGUACUGAUACAGAUGUAGGAUUUGAGCCAGUUUGCUACAGCAGGAAAAUAAUCCUGCAGCAACAGGACAUGUGAAUUAUUAUGUGGAUUAUAAUUCAUGGACAUUUUUGUAGGGGUUGGUAUAUUUUUCGUAAGGGAAAAUCAAGUCUGAAAUUUCAAAAUGGAUAUUACAAACUUCAGAAGCCUUUCUAAACCUCAAAUACACCACAAGUUUUACAUUUCCUGCAUUGAAGUUCUCCUGGAACAGGGUGCUCAAAUUAAUAUCCUACACCUGUAAACAUACAUAGACUGUGGGGAAUGAGGACUUUAAAUCAGUGAAUCCUGACACAGGAAUUUGGGCCGUAAUCCAAAUAGGGUUUAAUUUUCAACUGUGUCAAAUGCAGUGAAAACAGGAAGAGCUAUGCGUAUGCAACCUUCACAAUGUUCAAACAUACCAGACUUUAACUAGACGCAGUUGCCUUGCUCAUUAUAUAGCUUCCCAAUGUAAAUAAUGGCUUUUAUUUUCCAGAUUGACUUACGCUAACUGUUGUUGUUGUUUUUCAUUGUGCAAUUGCUGCCACUUUUGGCCCUAAUAGGAACAUAUAACCUGUCUAUUGAAGCGAGGAAGGGUUUUGUAAACUAAUCUGUGAGGAGAAGUCCAGUCAGUCAAUCAGUGUGGAUGAAUGAAAGAGGCCCCAUCAAUCCGUCACUGAUUGAGAUAGUACAGAUGAAGGCUGGGGCUCCCCAAUGCUAGGUGCUGUCCACUGGGGUGUAAAUUAUGGGCCUGUCUCACAGUGUGGGUCAGUGCCCUGCCUUGCCAGAGCCUGACCUGCACUUCUGGAGUUUUCCACUUCAAAACCGCCAUCUUACUGCGAUGAACAUCAAACAAACCCCAAGGUAGAGGAUACUGGGAGCCUGAAUGAUUUAUCACAACUAGCACAGCGAGCGUUCUCUAUUUCUUCUUCUCUCUCUCCCAUUCCCUCUUUUUCUCGUUUCACACUCUCCCCCCUUCUUUCUCUCAGACGCACGGUCACAAACUCAGUUAUACACAUCCCUGGUUGUGACAGGGUGAGCUUGCGCUACCAUGAAUGUCCGUCGGUGUGAAAUGGCUGUUUGUGCAGUGAGUGUAAAUUAUCGUCUGAGCAGAGGCGUCAACAUCGCAUCGCCUGUCUCUUAAUCACUCUUUAAGGAAGACCGGUGACAGGGAGGUUAUCCCAUUAACUUCUAUACCUUAAGUCUUCAGGCCGGUUGACAUGGAACGUGUAAAUCCUUAUGGUGUCAUUGUGAAAAACUGCUGGCUCCAUAAAUCCUCUGAUAUCCAUAAAAAAACUCUCCUCUCUAGAGAGUCUUAGAUACACAGAGAGCAGAAGUCUGCCAGACAUUAAGUCACAGUCACCAAGGCCCAAGUCACCCCUUAUCACUAGUGGAUCACUUUAAGAUGUAGUUAUAUUCUACCCAGAUUACAUUUAUUUGUGUUAUUUCUCCCACUGACAGAAUGUAGUGUAAACAUAGACUAUUAGAUUAUUACACCAAUGUAAUCAUUUAAUCAUUUGAACCCUUAGAAAAGUAUGGUUAAGUCUUUCAGUCUUAAAGGCUUAUGUCUUUAUGAAAAUCUGGGAUUUGAUAUCCAUAAUAUUAUUUUAUGAAAUUAGGCUAUUUCUUUAACGCAUAUAUUUAUUUCAUUAGGAUAAAUGUUAUGUUUGAAAUCUGCACAGAUGAUACAGCUGAUUGAAAGACAAACUCAGUGUACCUCAGUGAAAGCGUCAAUCUCAGACUCUGUAGACAUUGGCACCACAUGGUGGCUUAGAAGAGGCUGUGCUGCCCAACUCCAACUCCCGCAUGUUUCAUCCAUUUGAACAAAUGACAAUUCAUAUUCAAACACAGUUUCUUAUUGAAUUUCUGUUUCUCGCGUUAAGGAGUGAGGGGGAACAGAUUCAACUUUCUCACCACACACACAGUCAAGACAAAGAUGUUUGCCAGUCGGUGACAGCGGGGUCGUCCCCUCAACACCCAGGAGAGCAGGGUGGCAUUGUCUCCGGGUGUGUGAAUGGAAAACAUGAAGGUUCUAUGGUGUCAGGUGGACUGGGGAAAAAACACCAACUGGGCUCCAGUUUCACAUGCUCUCCCCUCGCUUGUAACAGUAGUAAUUAUAAAUGUCUUGAAACAGAUCCAGAAAACAGAAUGGAAAUAGAGGUCCUGUGAUAGGAAAGGAUAUGAAACUUCCUGUGCAGACAAGAGCUGCAGGUGCCCUGAUCGGGAUCCGUCUGGCUGUGGAAUCUUGGCCUGUUGUGUAUAAACAUAUAUGUAUGUUUUUUACUCUCUCCUGCCUCCCGAAAAUGGACGAGAAAUGAGUGCCAUUAAAUAUUCCUUAAGCGUGUGAGCCAUGAGAAGACGCUAGAGGCCAAACAGAUGUUGUGCUGGCUGCAGUGAGUACUUUGGCAUCCCCUGCCUGCCCUCACUCCCUAGUGCAGUUGUGGAGCAGCCUCCAGAGAGAGCACAGUGGCAGAUGAGAAAUGGAUCAGCAGGACUGCUCCUUGAAUUCACUGAAUGGAUGGAACAUUACUCUUUAGUUUCUCAAUGUCUGCUGAUUGCACAUGUAUUCCCAGGGGUCUCCCCUAUAUUUCUACCUUUUGCUCGGUCGAGAUGAUAACCACCUAGUCCCAUUGCAUUGAGAGCAUGUCGUACAUAAGCAGAGUGUAUUUUGAUAGUGACAUUUUGAGCCCUUUAUAGUGAACAAUAGAGCCACACUGAUGUGAUCAGAAACGUGUAUUCUGUAGCCUUAUGCUCAUCGUUGGCUUCAGGGUGCAUGUUUCAUCAUUUCAUCAGCCAAACAGACAAGUACUGUCAGCACUGUGAGAUUGACAGUUUUAACAGAAAAACAUUGGGGGUUGCUAAAUGUUUGCAGCUGUCCUGUGGCCCAUGCAUAAAGUGAUGACCUAUCUGCAGAUUGUCCAGUUCCCAUCCAUGCCAGGCAGCUCUCUCUCUCUGUGUUGUAGGAGGAUCAGAUGUCACGGCUGCACCGGGAGCACAAACUCUGCCAACUUUCUGUAAUACCAAAAUGGCCUGCGUGUUUACCAAAUAAUAAGAAACCACACAGCUUGAAGCAUUUCCUCGUGAACACAAAUCGAUUGGUUUCAUUCAGUGUCAAGGUUCUGUGCAUUUUUAGCAGUUGUCUGUAUGUUGGUGUACUGUGAGCAGUCUGGGUCCCACCACUUGUUUUCUUUCCUAGUUGCACAAUAAACACAACAUAUAACUUUCUCAUGUCAGUUAUCAUCUUAAAACAGGCUUUGGGACUGACAUACCAGUUUUUUUUCUUCAUUUUGCUAGACAUUAUUGGGUUAAGACAUGGUCAGUUUAUUUAUAAUGGCUUAUUAUCAAAGGCAGUGAGUACUUAUAUGGAGAUAAUGAUUUCUAUACAAAUGAAACCGCCAUGUGUGGUGAGAGCAAGGACACCACGGGGGGAUGGGAAAACCAAAAAGAAAACACAUCAUUUCAAAAUGUGCACUUUUGCACUUGAGUUUCCAUCCUUGUUUUUCCCCCUUUGUUUCUAAAUGAACCUAAAAGCAAUUUUAAGAAACCUUGAGAGUUGAUUUAAUGUGCAGCCUUGUCGUGUUAAUCAACUCUCUGAAUGGGACGAGACAAAAGUCUAACAGCCCCCUGAGCCCUAGAGGGCCGAGCCAAACGGUGGCUGAUGGUUGUCCUUUUCUAGCCAUGAUUUAGAUGGCGGCCUGGUCCACUGUUCCCCUGUUUUAUCCCCUCUCCUUCGGCGGUGCCUUGUGAGAGGGGUUACGCCGUGCAUAAAGCUACCCACCGACUGCAUUCUUGCUCAGACUGUCGGGGCUGUCAGGGGGCUCCCUUGAUUUAGGGCGUUCCACUACAGUGGCCCCUAUAAAUUUAAAAACUAAUUCCGUGCUCUAUAGGGCUUUCUGUUUUUGUAGCAGGCCCUCAGCUCCUCGUCGUCACUGACACUUUUAUGAAGUGCUCUUAAUGAGAGUCAGAUUAAAGGUGGCCCCCGAUGGAAGGCGCCUGAGAACACUCGGCUUGGAUGGGCUGGGAGAGAGCCCACUGAGAAGGCUGGGCUGUGGCUGGGAGAGAGCCCACUGGGGGCCUGUGUCGAUUCUGCUGUCUGAAAUGGCUGUGGGCCCACUUUGUGUGUUGUGCUGUGAUGUGUUGGAUGAGGACCCUCAGUGGGCCUGUUUCUAUCUGUUGUCUGUGUGGGGAAGCGUUCAGGGCAGGCUAAUACAGAUCAAUGAAGUGGUAUACAAGGCUGUAUGGUAUGGCCCGCAGAGUGGUACAGGCAGAUACCGAACACCUAAAACACUCAAACAUGAGUUAUUCAUGUGCAAGGUUCUUCUUGUAAAGCAGCCAACUGCAGGAGAGAGUGUGUGGGAGGGAGUGGGGGUGAUGUCUGUGUGCUGAGUCUUGAAUCGUUUCCAAGUGCGCUGGCAUUUUAUACCUGCCCUAAAGUAAACACUCCUCACAGUUUACAGCCAAUUAAAUUGUACUUAAGCCUCUAAGUUUACGUUGGUAAACAUGUUGGAGCGCUAGAGAGGCCUAGGCCAGCAGGACACUUGAACCCUGCUUUCAGUUCUGCUCUCAGUGAAUCUUUUCUCCCUCUCAAAUAAAAGAAUGGUAAGAGCACAUGUGUAUACAGGAGGAUUUAAGCCAGCAGAUGUUUUCUUAACACCCCAUCUAUCAGACAGACUGACAUCAAUUAAAAACAGUGUCUGAGGAGUCGCUGUGAUAGACCCAAACAUGUCAAUAAGCCAACGGGACUGAGACAUCUUCUAUUUACCCUAGUCUUACAUAAGACAUCCGUCACAUUUGUAUGAUGAAACCACACCUUGCAUCUUGGGUCAGUUUGUAAGGGGGCUUUAAAAAAAAAAAGCUCAGAUGACUCUGUUAUUAAACACAUUCACUCAGGCCAAUUCCUUGAGAUAUGUCCCAUUUCAGUUAUUUGUCUAAACAUUUAUUUUUCUUUGGGUCUUUAUCGAGCUUGAAAAGAGUCAGUUUGGAAUCCCAGGUGGUUGUUUAACGGACGGCUUGCUUUAACGUAUCACAGAAACCAAGUGUGGCCUGUGUUUUAUGAUCUCAUAAACGAGCAGCGGUGUUGUGAAACGUGUGUCUCUCUCUAUCUCUCUGUGUGUGUGUGUGUAUAUGUGUAUGUGUGGGUGUGUGCGUGUAUGCGUGUGUGUGAGAGAGUGAGGGGGUGUCUGGUGUCUGAUAGGGAUUUAUCUCUCCCCCACCUCUUUGUCUGGAUGUUGGAGUACUCCCCAGAGAGCCAUGCCGGGCAGGCAGGAAUCUCUGUCCACAUUUCCACAGAUUCUUCCCCCUCCCUCCCUCCCUCCCUCCCUCCCUCUCUCCCUCCCUCCCUCUCUCCCUCCUUUACACAAUAACUGAGAGGCACUGGUAGGAGCCAGGCUCCACUCACACUAGACUGUUUUUUCAGGAACUACCAUUAGUUAGAUUAUUGGUUUAUUUGCACCACGGUAACAUGUGAUAAAACAAAUCAUUUUUAUUAAAUAAUAUAACACACAAUGCCAAUGAUCCACUUUGGACAUCAACCUUGCAAUUAUGCUCCCUCUCAAACAGAUCCCAAUAAUCUAAUCAUAAAACACAUCAAUGGUUUUUAACAGCACAUUUCUUAUUUGAUCAGGUAAAUACUUCUGUCUUGAUUGAGCAUUUGUGUGUUGAGGAAACUGCACAUGUAAAAUGUUAUACCAGGGCCCCUGUGCCUCUUUAAAGCAGGAAUGGCUGAAUGGGCUCUGAAGAGAAACAGAGCUGCUCCUAGAACCAGACUUCCCCUCUCACAUGGGCCUCUCCAUCCUGUGUACUGAAUGCUGCAUCUUUUCUCCCUGCAGAUUUUCAUCAACAAUGAGUGGCAAGACUCUGUGAGCGGAAAGACCUUCCCAGUCUACAACCCCGCCAACGGAGAGCAGAUCUGUGAGGUCCAAGAAGCAGAGAAGGUAGUGUAGAAAAUAAAAACAAAUCUGUAGUUCCCCAUUUCUUAUAUUUUCAGAAAUGAAAACACGCUUAUUUUCCCUUGGAGUGUUUGAGGAUUAGAUGUUUGUUAGACAGAGCUGCGCUUGGGUUUUCCACAACUGUUUCCUACCACCUCUGCGCUGGCAUCGUCUCCUUCAUGCAUUGUCCAUGUGUGAGUUAUGUGUCCAAAAAAUAAGGAAAGCAAACGGGGAGUGGAGUUUAGUCUAAUGUGGUUUGGUUCUCUGGCUCGGCUGUUCCUUCUCUCCUUCCCUAAAUCAGCACCUCUGUGUGGAAUAACUGAACAAGCCUUAAACAUGCUAAUGGAAGAUCCAUUAAGAAUCAUUCGGAAUAGACAGACACAUUUUAUUUGUCUCAGUGGAGGUGGAGACAUAACUGUGUACUGGAUACGGUUUCUCUCUUUCUCUAUCUCAGGCUGAUUCAAUCAUUAAACAGUUUUUCUUCUACAGGCUGAUGUGGACAAGGCGGUGCAGGCGGCCCGGCUGGCCUUCACCCUGGGUUCAGUGUGGCGGAGGAUGGACGCGUCAGAAAGGGGUAGACUGCUGGCUAAACUGGCUGACCUGGUGGAGAGGGACAGCGCCUAUCUAGCAGUGAGUCUACCACAGUGCUCAAAGUCCAGAUCCCGGACUUCUUCGUUUUAGCAACAUGCUCAAAGAGACAUACACUAUAUACACUUCAAAUUAGUGGAUUCGGCUAUUUCAGCCACACCCGUUGCUGACAGAUGUAUAAAAUCGAGCACACGGCCAUGCAAUCUCCAUAGACAAACAUUGGCAGUAGAAUGGCCUUACUGAAGAGCUCAGUGACUUUCAACGUGGCACCGUCAUAGGUGGCACCUUUCCAACAAGUCAGUUCGUCAACUUUCUGCCCUGCUAGAGCUGCCCUGGUCAACUGUAAGUGCUGUUAUUGUGAAGUGAAAACGUCUAGGAGCAACAACGGCUCAGCCGCGAAGUGGUAGGCCACACAAGCUCACAGAACGGGACCGACAGCACAAGAACUGUACGUCGGUGUCACGAUCGUCGUUACAGGAAGCGGACCAAAGCGCAGCGUGUUGCAUGAACAUGAUGCUUUAUUUAAUUAAAGCGAAACACGAAAACAACAAAACAAAUAACGAUUCGUGAAGUCCACAGUGACAAAUACUGACUAGGAACAAAAACCCACAAACACAAGGUGAAAACAGACAGUUUAAAUAUGGCUCCCAAUCAGAGACAACGAGCCAACAGCUGACACUCGUUACCUCUGAUUGGGAGUCACUCAAACAAAGAAAUACAACAACCCAACCAAGAAACAGAACACAAAGAAACGAACACACCCUGGCUCAACAUACAGAGUCCCGGAGCCAGAGCGUGACAGUACCCCCCCCUAAAGGCGCGGACUGUGACCGCGCCUCAACAAAACCCAAACAGGGGAGGGCUGGGUGGGCAUUCCUUCUCGGAGGCGGCUCCGGCUCCGGGCUUGACCACCACCCUUCCAUAAUCCCCCCGUAGCGCCCCUGGUCCGGUCUGACCCCGCUGGCUGGAUCUGGACUGGACAUCGACGGAGCGGAUUGCUUCAGCUCCGUUGUGGAGCAGCUGACCGGUACCUGAUCAGGCACCGGACUGACGACGCGCACCCCUGGCUUGGCGCGUGAGGCAGGAACGGACCGGAACUGGCUGACGAUGUGCACCCCUGGCCUGGUGCGUGGAGCAGUAACGGACCGGACCGGGCUGACGAUACGCACCCCUGGCUUGGUGCGUGGAGCCGGAAUGGGCCUCACCAGGCUGACGACUCGUAUCCCUGGCUUGGAGCGAGUAGCAGGAAUGGGCCGAACCAGGCUGACGACUCGCACCCCUGGCUUGGUGCGAGUAGCAGGAACCGACCGGGUCGGGCUGGCGACGCGCACCGUAGGUUUGGUGCGAGUGGCAGGAACAGGCCGGACCGGGCUGGCGACGCACCCCGUAGGCUUGGUGCGUGGAGCAGGGAUCGGCCGGGCUGGGCUGGCGACGCACCCCGUAGGCUUGGUGCGUGGAGCAGGGACAGGCCGGGCUGGGCUGGCGACGCACACCGUGGGCUUGGUGCGUGGAACAGGGACCGGCCGGGCUGGGCUGGCGACGCACACCGUAGGCUUGGUACGGAGAGCAGGAAUGGACCGGACCGUACUGGGGACACACACCACUGGCCCUACAUCGGGAUCUGGAACGGGCCGGACCGGACUGGUAACACACCCCAGUACCUCUCGCCGUGCCUCUCCACCUUCCAUCCCCUCUUCGACCAGUGGCCCCCGUAACCUGGCGGCCUCCUCUGGCAACCCGCUGGGCCGCUCCAUCGCGGCCUCCUGCUGCCCCGACAUCGUGAGCCCCCCCCCUAAAAAAUUUCUGGGGGUCUCUCCUCCCCGUGGGCCAGGCCUCCAUCAUUCUCGCCCACCUCUCGCUCCUCUGUCUCCAACCCUCGUCACUCAGCUCCUCAACUCGCUGCUUGGUCCAGUUGUGGUGGGUUUUUCUGUCACGAUCGUCGUUACAGGAAGCGGACCAAAGCGCAGCGUGUUGCACGAACAUGAUGCUUUAUUUAAUUAAAGCGAAACACGAAAACAACAAAACAAAUAACGAUUCGUGAAGUCCACAGUGACAAAUACUGACUAGGAACAAAAACCCACAAACACAAGGUGAAAACAGACAGUUUAAAUAUGGCUCCCAAUCAGAGACAACGAGCCAACAGCUGACACUCGUUACCUCUGAUUGGGAGUCACUCAAACAAAGAAAUACAACAACCCAACCAAGAACGGGAGCUUCAUUAAAUGGGUUUCCAUGGCCAAGCAGCGCACACAAGCCUAAGAUCACCAUGUGCAAUGCCAAGCGUCGGCUGGAGUGGUGUAAAGCUCUCCGCCAUUGGACACUGAAGCAGUGGAAACACGUUCUCUGGAGUAAUGAAUCAAGCUUCACCAUCUGGCAGUCCGACGGAUUAAUCUGGGUUUGGCGGAUGCCAGGAGAACGCUACCUGACCCAAUGCAUAGUGGCAACUGUAAAGUUUGGUGGAGGAGGAAUAAUGGUCUGGGGCUGUUUUUCAUGGUUCGGGCUAUGCCCCUUGGUUCCAGUGAAGGGAAAUCAACGCUACAGCAUACAAUGACAUUCUAGACGAUUCUCUGCUUCCAACCUUGUGGCAACAGUUUGGGGAAGGUCCUUUCCUGUUUCAGCAUGACAAUGCCACCGUGCACAAAGCGAGGUCCAUUCAGAAAUGGUUUUGUCGAGAUCGGUGUGGAAGAACUUGACUGGCCUGUACAGAGUCCUGACCUCAGCCCCAUCGAACACCUUUGGGAUGAAAUGGAACGCCGACUGCGAGCCAGGCCUAAUCGCCCAACAUCAGUGCCGACCUCACUAAUGCUCUUGUGGCUGAAUGGAAGCAGGUCCCCACAGCAAUGUUCCAACAUCUAGUGUAAAGCCUUCCCAGAAGAGUGGAGGCUGUUAUAGCAGCAAAGGGGGGACCAACUCCAUAUAAAUGCCCAUGAUUUUGGAAUGAGAUCUUCAACAUGCAGCUGUCCACAUACUUUUGGUCAUGUAGUGUACCAUGGAAGAUCAGAGAAGGAUCUUCAUAGUACCAGUUCCCCUUAAAAUAUUAAGUUUGACUGUUUUUACUGUAGAUAAUAACAAGAAUAAGUUGUAUCUUUUAGGCGCCUUUCUAGACAUCCUAUGUCACUUUACAUUAAAAUAGAUGUCUUCAAUUUAAAGGACAUGCAUAUGAUUCCAAUAAUUAAUGUAAAAAAACAGAUUUCAAACAAAAGUAUGGUGACAGAGAAAUGUCAAAACAAGGGGACUGUUUUAAAAGAUGCCGGAGAAAAGCACUACGUUUUGGCCCAUGUGGUUAUAAUAGUGUUAAAUCAACCUAAUAACCCUAAGACUUAAAGGAUGAUUUAUAACUUAUAGGCACUGUAGCAUGAUGUUAUUUUAGUAUCAUGUUUCACCCCGGAGAUAAUGUUAAGACACACUGUUUCUUGGAAGAAAUUAAAAGACAAAGACUGUGUUUUAAUAUAUAUUUCUCCCCCCCCCCCCCCCCCCUCCUUUCUCUCCAGACUAUAGAGUCCAUGGACAGUGGGAAGCCUUUCCUGCCCACCCUGUUUGUGGACCUCCAGGGAACCAUAAAGACGCUCAGAUACUAUGCUGGAUACGCAGACAAAAUCCAUGGAACGUCCAUUCCAAUGGGUAAGUCCAUUCCAACUCAGGCUUCCUAACACUGGGUUAUGUAGCGAAACGCACAUUGAAUUCUUAUAGUUCUCUCUUCAAUUUCAACAAACUAAAACCCAGGCAGAAUGUUACAGGUCAGAGGUAUGUGGUGGAUGCCAGUGCCAGGUGGAGGAGUCCUGUGAAGAUUACUAGUUAGCUAGCAGCAGAUAAGCGGAGCAGCAGGCUUCUCUUUGGGGGCCUGCAGGACAGGAGAUGAGCUGUGUUGAGGGCACAGAGGUGAUGUGAGGGUAAACAUGGCUGCUCCCUGGCCAGUUAUAAAUCUGAACCUUAAUGGUCGCCCUCCUGUUGAGACUGCCACCAGUGGAGCCCAGUGACAGGACUGAAGUGCAAGGGCCGCUGGCUGUUCUGGCUAAUUUAGCCAUUUGAAAGCACCGCGACGGGGAGUCUAUUGGAAUUAGGACAGCCACUCCCCAGCUUUGUCAUAGAGCAGCCGUUAGCUGGGAGAGGGGUUGGGUGGGUUGGGGUGGUGUGGUGUUGGGGUAGUAGUUGGUUCUCAGGGAUCCACCUGAGGACCAGAUGGGGUCUGCUCACUGAGGGCCUGGCAUCAGGGAGUCUAUAUAAGUCAUCCACACUCUUUUAACAGGCAUGUUAAGUCAUUGUUUAGAAACCAAGAAAACAGAGGACCUACGAAAGCAGUACUAGUACUGACAACCUCCUGAGACUAGCACUGUGGUCUGGUAAAAUGUCGCUCUUCAAGCCCCUCCUGUGUUUCUUCACCAAACCCAGCCAGUCCUCAGCUUGUUCCGGGUUUGGCUUUAGCACUAUUCCAAUGUGCAGUAGUGUUACAGAGCAAACAAACAGAGCUGUUUCUGUGGCCUGGAUGAUGUUGAGUUGUUCUUAUCUUGGCCACCAGGGAAGAUGAAGCACUUGGCCAGUCCACCCUUUGGCCUUAGUUCCAGGUCCAAGCUCCUCCUCCUCCUCCUCUCUGGCUGCAAUGUUUCAUCAGCUGAAGCCUUAGCCAUCCUGUUCUCAUGAACAUCACAUAACUCUAUUGUAAUAAACACUGUUCAGUUUUCUUCCACUAAAUAGCGAUUGUUUUUACUACUGUUGUAGGGAACGAAUAAACAUGGCACACCUCAACAAGUAUCUUCCUUUACUCUGGCAAUGUAAAAGGAAUGAAAAUCUCCUUCCAAUUUAACACCCACUGCUUUCUCCUGACUUUAAACAGAGUCACACGUAUAAUUGUGCUCAAUGUACAGUAACAAAAGAAUGGUGCUGUGUGAUGUAUUGUCAAGAUGAAUUGUGUUGGUCAAAAGCACAACAAGGACACCUGGUGUUUUGAUGUGUCAUCCGGUCACUGCUCUGCAAAUGUCUUAUACAUGCUCCUUUCCCCAAACCCAACUAGAGCAGAGGAUACUAACAACCCUUGUACUUGUGUGUUCCUCUACAGAUGGAGACUAUCUUACGUUCACUAGACACGAGCCCAUCGGAGUGUGUGGACAGAUCAUCCCUGUGAGUGUUCCAGUUUGUUUUCUAUUCAGAUGGUUAAUCUCAGAGGACAAAUGAAACAGUCCCUCUCCCACAUCUGCAAAGCUUCCCACUCAAUAUGGAAAGAGAGGUGGAUAGAAGGAAAGGUGUUGGGAUGGUGGUGGUUGUGAGGUCUGGGACAGAGUCAGCCCCUUUGUUAAAACACAUUGUGCAGGUUCCUGGAAGCCUCUGACGUGCUUAUCAGUGAGUGUAUAUUUGGGUAAAUCUGUUGGCAGGCCGAGAAAGAGACUGUUCCAGGUCAGUGUAAGCUCAGAGAGGGGAGGAGGGGGGAGGGGGAGAGAGAGAAAGAGAGAGAGAGAGAGAGAGAGAGAGAGAGGGGGGAGGAGGGGGAGGGGAGAGAGCGAAAGAGAGCGAGGGGGGGGGGGGGGGGGGGGCACUAUGAAAGAGACAAGGGACAGGAGGACAGAAGUAAGAACACAGCAUUGAUUGUGCAAGAGCUUGAGGAAGCGUGUGUGGGUCUGUGCUGAGGCCUACUGGGGUUCAGUGUAAAGUAGAAAUAACACUGGCCUGUGUAGUACCAUGACGCGCUCUAAGUACUGCACAUGUUUUGCAAUUUCCUUGUUUUCUCAGAAUGAUGUGGGAAGAGAAUAGAUAGGGCGAGAGAACAUUUCCUGUCAUGACUAUGUGAAAGUGAGAGUCUAUGAGUGGGUAAACCACGGAAUGUGUGGGAGAGCAGGGAGAGCAGGGAGAGCAGUGACAAGUUAUUGGGUAUGAGUGACCGCCCUUUGUCAAAUGUCUGAUGUCAUGUGUGUUUCUGUGUGUUUCUGUGUGUGUGUUUCUGUGUGUGUGUUUUUGUGUGUGUGGGGGGUGUUUGUGUCUACAGUGGAACUUCCCCCUGAUGAUGACUGCGUGGAAGCUAGGUCCAGCACUGGCCUGUGGGAACACGGUGGUCCUGAAGCCUGCUGAGCAGACCCCCCUCACCUGCCUGUACAUCGGAUCUCUGGUCAAAGAGGUACAGUACAUCACAAUCACCACAGUAACCCAAUCAGUCCUUAGAGCCUCUUUAUCCACAUCCUCCAUGUCUUCUCUCUGUGUUCGGCCUCUCCCCUUCUCUGAGUCAGUGUGUCUCUCUUGCCCCUUGUCUUUUUGAUGUUCUGUCCAUUCUCUCUGGUCUACUGGUAGGGAGGUUGGGUUGGGUCCGGAUUCCCCCACACUGCCUGUGGUUUUGCUUGGCUCUCCUGUCCUCUCCUCUAAAGCUUGUUUCCUCUCAUAUUGUUUUGACAGGCCGGGUUUCCACCGGGAGUCGUCAAUAUUUUGCCAGGAUUCGGGCCAACGGCAGGAGCUGCGAUCGCUUCACACAUGGGCAUAGACAAAGUGGCUUUCACAGGAUCAACUGAGGUAAUUUCCCUGAACAAAAUGAUUGACGGAUAAUCCACCGUCCAUAUUGCUUUCUUUAGUGACACAGUGACCAACAUGUGCAGAGCAGCAGAGAUGGAGGGCUGUGUAAUUAGGGGAUAUUGGGUUCCUGUAUUGAAGUCUAAAUGACAAACAAAUGGGGGCUUACAUAAGCUGCCUGCCCUGUCAUUACUCCUCACCACAGGGGGAUCAGAGGUGAGCAGUCUGCUGCAGGACUUUAGUACACACACAUCUACACUGUACACACACACACACACACACACACACACACACACACACACACACACACACACACACACACACACACACACACACACACACACACACACACACACACACACACCACACACACACACACACACACCACACACACAUACAUACAUACACUGACAUACAGAAGCACUCCUCCACCUUUCUCUGUUAACAUCUCAUGUCAGUAUCACCCUGUCUCCUCUCUCUGUUGUAGACCAGUCACAGACAAACUGCUUCAUAAAUCAGUGUAAUGACAACCUACUGCUGUACCUUACAGACAUUGAGUUGUCUAUCAGGUCCCUAGGAAAAACAGCCGCCUUCAUAGACAGUGGAAAAAAGUUGAUGGAAAACUAGGAAUGAUCAAGGGCACACCAUGUUAGGCAGUGAGAAUUAGGAGAUGUUGUGGUUGUAAUGCAUUCCUCUGCUUGUGUGAUCAGUCAGAAUGACAGCCAAUUCCAUUAAUGUAGAUCAUUUUAUAAACAUCUGUUAUUGCUAACUACAAAUGUACCCCCUCAGUCAGUAAGAGCACAUACAGUAAUCUUAACAUAAUUAUGAAGUGCCGUAAAUCGAUGGAUUUUAUAUGUUUUGAAAUGACCUGCGUAUAUAUCACGUGUAAAUGUCGUAAAUGAAACAGGGUUCUGUAGUGUUUAGAGAAGCCCUAGAGUUUAUAGUGUCUCUGCUUUGACUCUGGGGAUUUGUUUGGAGAGAAAGGGAGGAGAGUGACUGUUUGUGUGGUAUUCAGCACCCACCAACCCUGCUACGCAUGUGCAGACAUAAUAGAUUGCUAUUGGUGAUAAGGGGACAAACAGAAAUGCUGUAACCAAAGCAAACGCUCAAAAUAUGGAGAAAAAUAUUUAUUUAAAUGUUGUGGUUGAAUCAAAUCCAGGCCUUUAUUGAGAAUGAAGGGGAUUUGUUUAUUAUACUUUUUUUGAUGUAAAUGUUGCAACAUCUCAGUCAAGCACUGUAAGGAUGACAACGAUCCAGAUGUCCAAAUCAUCUGAACUGUUAUUAAUGAUAACCUGAAUGGAGUAAUAAAGUUAAUGAGAGUGAAUAGGGUUUCUAUUGAUCCUUAGAGAGUCCAUUCAUGCAGCCUGAACUUAAAUCAUUGAAUCAUUUGAUCAAUGCUCCAUUACCUAACCAAUGAACAUCCACAGGGCCUUCUCCGCCAUCACUUCACAUGCGAUCAGGCAGCACACACGUACUAGCCUUCCUCUUUUUUACCAUCGGCGGUUACAGAACAUUUCCCCAAAAAGUGGCCAGUUGUCUUUAACUGCUUUCUCUGUUGUUGUUUCCUGUGAUCUGGAGUCAAUUACAGAGUGGAUGAAGCGCUGCUGUGAGAGAAUGUAGAUGCCCAGACAGUGAGUCACCUUGGGUCUCAGUCACACCGGGCGAGAGGGGACAGUGGACCCAGCAUCCUCUGAGAGGCUGGAGGGGGUAGAGGGGUGGAUGGGUAGAGGCUGGAGGGGUGGUGUGGUUUCAGGUGGUCAUUGCGACAGCGGUGCCUCAUUCUUGUACUCACACACACACGAAGCUGUGACUCUCCACAGUAGUGGCCAAAGUGGGAGCCAGCCCAGCGUGUUUCCUUUACACUUCAGUGAACGCACACUAACGUCAUGUUAGUCAACACCCCUUGAGCCUCGCUAUCAAAGACAGCGACAGCCAGGACAGCUUUAGAGAGCGUGCUGCCUGCCUGCCUGCCAGAGGAAGGUUUGUCCUGCUGUCCCUAUCACACAGCUGCUCUACCACUCUAACCAGAACACUCAGCAGGCUGCCCUGCUCAUGUCCUAACACAGAGUAAUGCAGUUUGGCAUUAUUGGGAAAGGGAGACAUUCCAGCGUUAAACAUUGUUCGUGCGAAGAGAUGAGGCAUCGCUCUUUUCCACUGGGGGGGAGGGUGUUGGGGAGGGUCUCAGAUUUGUUUUUUCCUCCUCCCUUGACUCCCUCUAUCUUCUCCCAGCGCUGGUCUUCUCACUGUCUCCUGGAAAACUAAAUAAUAUGUGUCAGUGACUCCUGGGUGGACAGGAAGUGUGCUUGUUAGUUUAUGGUUAUGAAUACUGCUCGCUCACUUUCUCAGGCUUGUCUCUAUGUAAUGAGGGUAUAUCUCAUCUCAUAGUGUUGAGAAAUAAUGUUGGGGUCAAUACAAUACAUCAGUAUAAUAAGAGCAGCUGGGCAGACUCAAAUACUCGCAAGCGAUUCAUUUUCACUGAGAGCUCACGCCAUGCAUUACUAGAGAACCACAGUUUUUACACGUCUCCACUGUGUGAGUCUGGAGGGAGACGGGAAAGGGCUGUGGAAUUCAGCAGUAUUUGGAUAAUGGUGAGAGCAACACUUUUGAUGAGGGGGAAAUUGUGAACAGAGAAGUCGAAAGGAAAGCUCCUGCUGCUGUUUGUUAAAACACUCCCAACUCCUCAGAUCAUCCUCAGCAUUCAGCGCUGCCAGCCAGGGCAGUGUAGGCCCACAUCACACCAAACAGGCACCACUUUACCACUUUUCACAGUUAGGUAAUUCAAUGUGCCACAAGCCCAGGCUGCUGCUGCCACCACCACAACCUGUGGUUGCUUCUUCCUGAGCUUGAUUAAACAAGAGAUGCUGUUCACUGCUGAAACAUCACUUUAUUUUCCUGCUGAAGCCUCCCAGAACCUGUAAUAGAUAUUUCGGCUGUGUGUUUGGCACACUCGUGUUUCAGCGGGCCCAGUGGUGCGUCCCCUGUUUUGGGCCUAACCAACCUGCUAAGCUAUUUAAUGGCUGCAUCCCAUUUAGUGAUCUGGCCACAGGUCGUCCUGUGUCUGCUUGAGUAAACUAAACCCAAGCCCUGUUUCCUCCCCAGGUCGGCAAGCUGAUCCAAGUAGCAGCUGGGAAGAGUAAUUUGAAGAGAGUAACGCUGGAGCUAGGAGGAAAGAAUCCCAACAUUAUUUUUGCAGACGCUGAUUGUAAGUUUGAUGACACUGUCUUAUUAGUUCCUCCCGUUUACCCAUAGGUGGUCCUCCAGAUGGACGCAGGUGUUCCCCAUGUGGGGUCGCCUGAUUUGAAAAUGGGGUCGCGAGAGAAACGCUGAAAUAAAAUAUGCACUAGAUGUAAAAAACAGAGCCAUUUCUGUUUUUUUCCUACAAAUGUGGCUCUAUCUUUUGAACCUUUAAGCUUUCAAAUAUUAUGGCCCCAUCACUGUUUCCCUCUACAAUGCCCACAAGCCAUGCAGGUCUCAUUAGAACAGAGUGGACAAGACCAGGCAAUAAAUCAGACUGGGGGAAAAGAACACCAUCAAUGAUGAUGUUUUUCUCUACACAGAAGAUCAUACAAAAUGUGUGCCUGAUGAUCUUCUGAACUUCUCAACACCUUUCUGAUGCAUUUCAGUCAUUUCAAACCAUACUUCCUUUAGAUUGAAAUACUGUGAAAAGCACUGUCAGACUGUUUGUAAUAGACUAUCAUAGCCCCAAUUAAAAAAGUAAACAUUGGCAGUUGAUUACAUCACUUUAUUUUUACAUGGUGGGGUCGCGUAAAAUGUUUUGAUAACAAAAUGGGGUCGCGGGCCAAAAAAGUUUGCGAACCCCUGCCUUAAAGACAUUGCCUUGAUAGAGGGCUGAGGGGGGAUUAUUUACAAUGUUUUGUCCAAUAAUUUAGUCUGACAUGCAAAAUGAGACAGUGGAUGUGUCCACAUGGAGUGAGAGCUCUGGCAUCUUCAAAAGCUUCCGCUGGGCUUCACAGGGCUGUGAAAACCAAUGGAUGGAUGGCUCUCAUGUAAGCUCUAAGUGUCUCACAGAACUGGGGGUGCCGGGGCUUUCAAAUGCUUUCAGCAGCCGCGAGAGGGGCUCCCCAAGGCCCGUAAAUCAGGGGAAUGGAACCUGCCCCGGCCGCCUGCAUCAGCCGAGACCCAUAAAUCACUAGGCUCCGUUAACCCCUUGCGUGACACGGCAGGGGCCUGUCUCUCAGGUGUCAGAUAGCAAAUGCACAGCACAGAGAAUAGCUGGACCGUGGUAGAAAACAUUCUGACCAUAAUUGGAAAAUACAUUUUGUGCAUGUGUAGUGUAUGUGCAUUAAUGAUAUUCGUGUUUAAUGAAUGUAAUUUAUAAGAACCAUAUGGAAUUUCAGCAACAUUUUUCAAUAUGUUCUAAUAUACUACCACAUACCGCUAAAAUGAACUGUAUACUGAGCCCCCCUCUUCCUCUUCUUCUUCUUCCUCAGUGGAUCUUGGCUGUGGAGCAGGCCCACCAGGGAGUGUUCUUCAAUGCAGGCCAGUGCUGCACUGCAGGCUCUCGUAUCUUCGUGGAAGAGCCCAUCUAUGAGGAGUUUGUGCGCAGGAGUGUGGAGAGGGCCAAGAGGAGGACAGUAGGAAGCCCCUUCGACCCCACCACAGAGCAGGGCCCACAGGUGAGGAUGGAGGGCCAUAGACCCUGCAAGGGAGGGAGGAGUCAAACAAUACCCUCUAUGUCAAAACAUGUCAAUUAUCGACUCAAUAUGUGCAUGACCAAAUAUAAUGUAUUUUAUUUACUGUAUUUUAAAUAUUCACUUUUUUCCUCUCCUCUCCUCUCCUCUCCUCUCCUCUCCUCUCCUCUCCCUUCCUCUCCUCUCCUCUCCUCUCCUCUCCUCUCCUCUCCUCUCCUCUCCUCUCCUCUCCUCCCUCUCACUGUCUCGCUUACUCCAGAUCAGCCAGGAGCAGCAGAGCCGUGUGCUGGAGUUUAUUCAAAGUGGCAUCAGUGAGGGAGCCAGGCUGGAGUGUGGAGGCAAAGCCCUGGGCCUGAAAGGAUUCUUCAUCGAGCCCACUGUCUUCUCCAAUGUCAAGGAUGACAUGCGCAUUGCAAAAGAGGAGGUACGAUGAUACACUGAAUGACUGAUACAAAGUGUGACUAAAACUCACAGUAUGACUGGAACACAGUAUGACUUUCCCAUGCCCUAUGACUUUACGGAAGGUGGUUUCCAAAUGAGUUAAAAUGUCUACUAAUGGCCUCGCCCCCCACAUACUUAGUGGUGUGACUAAGCAAGGAUGUCAUCAUGGAAUGUUUCAUCAUGUCAUCUUACACGUACUGCUGACUGUACACUCCAGAUCUUUGGACCAGUUCAGCAGAUCAUGAAGUUCAAGACUAUUGAUGAGGUGAUUGAGAGGGCCAACAACACAGAGUACGGACUGGUGGCAGCUGUGUUCACCAGCGAUAUCACCAAAGCCAUGACCAUCUCCACAGCCAUGCAGGCUGGAACCGUCUGGUAAACCCUCUCAUCAUCAUAGCUAUCUAUGUGUCCCUGGUUAACCCUAUAGAUCAUAUAAAAGGUUGACGCAUACUACUGUAGCUGUUUAAACGAUAGCUCAUACAGUAUUCAACUACACUCCAUUCAGCAUGCUCUUAAUUUAACCAGUCUUGACAGCAUUACCAUUCAACAUUAUACAAUUAUUAAACAAAGCAGAAGAUUCAAAAGCUGAUGUUUGAUAUAUGUUUUGUGUAUUUCUUAGGAUAAACUGUUUCAAUGCCCUGAGCACGCAGUGUCCAUUUGGAGGAUAUAAAAUGUCUGGUAACGGGCGUGAAUUGUAAGUAUUAUUUUCUGGUUCCUAGCCCACUGUCUGAAAGUGCAUGACUAAAGCCAAGCAAGUAUUCAUGUAAACUGUGUGCUUACAAUAGAGAAAAGUUUGGUUGCAAAAUAUUCCCAAAUGAAGCUUUGUACACAAUAAGCUUGCUACAGUUCAUUAGAAAUGUGUUUAAACUGACAUGGUGUGUGUGUGUUUGCAGGGGGGAUUGUGGCCUGAAGGAAUACUCAGAGGUGAAGACCAUCACCAUAAAGAUCUCAGCCAAGAACUCCUAAGGCAGCCGGCCACACCACACGUAGUGGAUGAGGACUUCCUCUGAGGCGCACCACUGACCCUCUGGCUGUCUGUCUGUAGUGGUAAAACACACUGAUCAUCCCAACUAGCCAUGACCAUGGGCAACUAACUCUAUUGGCUGUGAAAACUCCCUGCCCCCUCCUCUCCCUCACCUCCCAUGGGCAGUCCUCACAUCAACAUCAGCUGUCUCCAUCAGCCUGGUGUCCACCGGCGGUCUCAAGUUCACACCAAACCACCCACCUCCACCUCUCCUCCACCUACUGCCCUCACCCACCUCCUCCACUAACCACACUAAAGCACUCGGAGAGACGAUGGGAGAGGCUACUCUGUUCACGUCCCCCCCAAAACCCCCCUAACCCCCAGGAGUUGGACACUCACAGACUGAAGCACCGCACCUCCAUCCCUGCUUUGCCCCAUGUCAGCUAAUCAUUGUAGCGUGUUGGGAGGCAGUGUGGUCGUGUUGUGGGGUAUCAUUGUCAAACCUCAUACUGUAUGUUAUUAUGUAUCAUUGCGUUGAUUUGCCAGGUAGCAUUCAUUGAAGCAUAUCAGCUCAUUCCAUGACCACUGAAGCUCUCAACCUCAGAAAUGAAUGGAUGAGUCCAUUGAAACUGUUAAUUAGAAUGUUUUAUUGUUGAUAUCUAAUUGUUCAUGUUUUUAUUUUAACUUUUACCACUUAACACUGUAUGUCAGCGUAUGACCAAUGUAAACGUGAAAACAAAAAUGGUUAACCUCUUAAAAGCAUUUUAGUCAUACCUGCUAAGAAGAGGAGUAAUGUAUUUUAAUCAUAAUGUAAGUUUCUUAUCGGUGUCCAUUUAUGUUCAUGUUUAUACAAUUAUGUACAAUGAAAUUAUAAGAUAUAAAAAAUGGACCAUAGAUUUUUUCAGUAAAACACUUUUUUUCUUUCAUAAA